UGGUUAUUCCACUGUACAACUUUUCAGGCACUCACUUCACUCACUCGCAUCAGCUUGCUUGCAUUGAACGUAAACAAGACGGCAUCCAAACUUCCUUUCCACAAUCCUAGCCCUUCGACAGUCAGUGUUCCAAUCUACAAGAUAUCUUGUUUAAAAGGCUUUUCUUUCAAAAAAGCUGCAACAUUAAGAGAGAGAAAAUAUAGAUAGUCUGGUCACAGUGUUCAACUGCCGUGUUCCAAGCUUAUCCCACUGUAUGUUCCUCUUACGUAAGAUACUUGCAUUUCUGCCUAUCUUCUCUCUACCUACACAAGUUAGAGGGCACGAGUACGGAACUCGGUAGCGUGUCGACAGUCCCAAGCAGCAAACCAUGGCUGAACCCGGAUCCGGACCCCACUAUGCGCAGGACGGUGACCCCGCCUCGAAGCACAAGAAGCCUCAGGGACAGCAGCAGAAUAAUGCAGACACGAGCUUCCCCGAAUACGCCCGCCGCACCGCAGAAAAGCUGCCCCCACCUACCUUCAUAAUUCUUGCGCUUCUCUUCGGCUUGUACAUAAUUUUUUCCUCGAGCCAACAAAACCAGCGGUCAGCAGCAGACCUUUCUUCUCCCGUCGUCCCCUCCGUUGUCACCACCACAAUCUACCAACAACAUCAACAACAAACUCCUCUUGCUACAGACUUUGUCGUUGACACAUCACCCAAAAUGGCUUCUGAGCAGACCUUCAUUGCCAUCAAGCCCGAUGGCGUUCAGCGUGGCCUGAUCGGCCCCAUCAUCUCUCGCUUCGAGAGCCGUGGUUUCAAGCUCGUCGCCAUCAAGCUUAUGACCCCCGGCAAGGCCCACCUUGAGGCUCACUACGCUGACCUCAAGGACAAGCCCUUCUUCGGUGGCCUCAUCGAGUACAUGAACUCUGGCCCCAUCUGCGCCAUGGUCUGGGAGGGCCGUGACGCCGUCAAGACUGGCCGCACCAUCCUCGGUGCCACCAACCCCCUUGCCUCCGCCCCUGGCACCAUCCGUGGCGACUACGCCAUCGACGUCGGCCGCAACGUCUGCCACGGCUCCGACUCCGUCGAGAAUGCCAAGAAGGAGAUUGCCCUCUGGUUCAAGGACGGUGAUGUUGUCCAGUACAAGUCUUCCCAGUUCGACUGGAUCUACGAGAAGCCUUAAAUUUCUUGUCUGCUAGUUUCACGAGCCACUUGACGUCCCUGAUCCGUUAAUCGGAUGAGUGGGGCGCGUGUUGGCAUGUCGAUAGGUUGAUACAGAAAAGUCAAUUAAAACAAAAGCCCGGCGUUUGAAAGCCACAUCAACU